AUGCCAGCGAACUCAGUUCUUGAAGAAGAACAAGUACAAAAUGGUAAUGAAGUUUCUGAUGAUGAUGAAGUAGAUGAAACUGGUAAAAUAGAUGAUACAUCAGACGGAAAAGCAAAAAAGAAACGAAAGAAAAAGAAGAAGAAUAAAACUCAAACUACAACAAAUGAUGAUCAAACUGAUCCAGUUGCUAGUACGACAGAAGCAGUAGCUACAAUAUCUAUUCAACAAGAUGAUGAAGAAGAAGCAGAAGAAGGAGGUGACGAAACAAAAUCAAUAACCAAGAAGAAAAACAAAAAGAAGAAAAAACCAGCAAGUACUGUACAACCUGUUGUCACGAAUGGCAAAUCAUCUCUUCAGCAAACAAAUCCUCCAUCAAUACCCAUUUCUGAUUUGUAUCCAGAUGGAAACUUUCCUGAAGGAGAAAUUCUUGAACAUCCAACACCAAAACAUCCACCAACAGAUGGAUCACUUGCUAUAAAUCGUAUGACAAGCGAAGAAAAACGUAUGCGAGAUAUGGCUCAAACAGAAAUCUAUCAAGAACUACGUCAAGCUGCUGAAUGUCAUAGACAAACAAGAAAGUGGGUGAUGAGUUGGAUAGAACCUGGCAUGAAGAUGAUUGAUAUUUGUGAACGACUAGAAAAUAUGAAUAGAAAACUUAUUAAAGAGAAAGGACUUGAAGCUGGUUUGGGUUUCCCAACAGGUUGUUCAUUAAAUCACUGUGCCGCUCAUUAUACACCAAAUAAUGGUGAUAACACAGUACUUCAACGUGAUGAUGUCUGUAAAAUUGAUUUUGGUACACAUAUCAAUGGUCGAAUCAUUGAUAGUGCAUGGACAGUUGCAUUUAAUCCAAAAUAUGAUGAACUCCUGAAAGCUGUUCGAGAAGCAACCAACACUGGAAUAAAAACUGCUGGUAUUGAUGUUCGUUUAUGUGAUAUUGGUGAAGCUAUUCAAGAAGUAAUGGAAAGUCAUGAAGUUGAAAUUGAUGGAAAAGUGUUUCCAGUUAAAGCCAUUCGAAACCUGCAAGGUCAUUUAAUUGGACAAUAUCAUAUUCAUGCUGGAAAGUCAGUUCCCAUAGUUAAAGGUGGUGAAGGAACUCGAAUGGAGGAAGGUGAAAUAUAUGCAAUUGAAACAUUUGGUAGUACAGGCAAAGGUUAUGUUCAUCAUGAUAUGGAAGUAUCACAUUAUAUGAAAAACUAUGAUGUCGAACAAGCAAAUGUUAGAAAUGCUAAAUCAAAACAAUUAUAUAAUACAAUCACAAAGAACUUUGGUACAUUAGCUUUUUGUCGUCGGUGGUUAGAUCGUUUAGGUGAAAGUAAAUAUUUACUUGCACUAAAAGGUCUUGUUGAUGCUGGAAUUAUUGAUCCAUGUCCACCAUUGUGUGACAUUAAAGGAAGUUAUACAGCUCAAUUUGAACAUACAAUUAUACUACGACCAACAUGUAAAGAAGUUGUUAGUCGCGGCGAAGACUAUUAG